CUAAUGGUGGCCGUCCAAGUUGUCUUUUAGCAAUUAUUUCAACUUCUCACAUAUCAUUUUGAAUCCCAGAGCUUACUCAACUUUUAAUAACUUUUAUUAGCAAUUAUUUCAACUUCUCAUAUACCACUCCAAUGUUUUUCUCAAAAGUUUCUAAACUUGUAGUAAUAACUUAUUCGUGAUUUGCUGAACUUUAAGCUGCCAAAAGAUCUUGAAAACUUGAAAGGAAGGGAAAGAAAAGCUACUUUGGCACUUGACUAGUGAAAAUUAUAAUCAUGGAAGCAGAAAACUCAUUAUCAUUGGUCAGUGCAAGACAUGAUCAAACCAUGCAUCUCAAGGGGACCUUCUCUCACUUUAUCUUCAAUGCAUGCUACUUGAACCUUUUGGUGUCAUUUGCUGAACUUCUCGAGGACAUUGUCAGUAUUCUGGAUUUCAUAAGGAGGUUAAAGAAUGCAAAAGAUCAAACUGCUCUUGACAUGGAUCAAAUUGAAAAGCUGAAAUUGCAGCUGAAAUCAAUGUGGAAAUCUAUCCAGCUUUCUUAUUCCAAUUUGGAUGGUUUAAGUGCCGAGAUGUCAAAUGAAACACAACAUCUUGAAGAUCUGCUCAAGUCAAUUUUCUAUGGGAAUGGAUAUGACAUGUUGGUUAAAUAUAACAUGGAUCAGGUCAUUCCUCGCCUCCUGGAAAAUAUAAGAAGUUGUAUCAGCUCACAGCAUCAUCUUAAAUCAAGUGUCACCAUGACUGUGGAGCAGUUGGUUGAACCUUGGGAUGCCCUCCUCGCGAAAUUACAUGGGAUAGUUGCCUAUCCGGAGCUCUGCUCUUCUUUUUUGCCUCAAUAUGAAGUUCUUCGGAAUCUACUAAACAAUGUAAAGGAUUUCCUUGGGUUGAAAUUAAAUGGUUGCAUUGAGCAUGAGAUAGUUGAAUAUGUCUUACCUCAGAUUCAGCUUAUGGCUGAGAGAGUAGGAUACUUCAAUUUGGACUUUCUUAAUACACUUGGUCCCUCUCCAGUCAUGCUAGCUCAUCUACUUGUGAAGAUUAUUCCUGUUGCUUUGGAGUUUAUGCACAUAUGUUCUACAGAUUUGAAAGCUUCAAAAUCAGCAGAAGUUGGACGCUUCAUUAAGCAGCUCCUAGAAGCCUCUCCGGAUAUUCUUCGAGAGUAUCUGAUUCAUCUACAAGAGCACAUGGUAAAUGUUAUUACCUCUAGCACUUCAGCUCGAAACCUUCAUGUCAUGAUAGAGUUCCUCUUGAUUAUUCUUACUGAUAUGCCUAAGGGCAUUAUUCAUCAUGACAAAUUGUUUGAUCUCAUUGCACGUGUGGGAGCACUUACUAGGGAGGUAGCAACUCUUGUUCUCCACUUAGAAGAGAAAUCAAGAAAUGAAGAGAAUAUCAAUGAAAGUAACAUUAUAACUCUGGAUUUGCUAGAAAAUAUUGAACUCUUAAAGGAAGAUCUCAAACAUGUUUACUUGAAAGUUCCAAGCUUAUCUCAAUUGUGCUUCCCCAUGAGUGACGGACCACUCUUCAUGAAUCUUCUGCUCAUAAACCUAAAUGAUUUGCUCAAUUCUAAUUCUUAUUCAGUUGCUUUGAUAAAGGAAGAAAUUGCACUGGUGAAAGAAUACAUAGAAUUGACAAGAUCUUUCUUCGUGAAUGUUGAGCAAGAAUUGUGUCAAGAUAACUGGAUACAUGCUUUAAAUGUAGCAUAUGAGGCGGAACAUGCCAUUAAUUCAAUUCUUGUAAGAGAUCAUGGUCUCUUGCAUCUUAUCUUCUUACUUCCUGAUACCAUAGAGAAGAUCAAGAUUAUCAAAGAAGAGGUAUUUAAUUUGUCGAAGAAGAUUCCCAAGAACAGGAGCCUCAUUGUUGUAAACUCCCCCAACAGGCCAAUAUUAAGAAACUCGGCAAUAGUCAAUCAAGUAAUUGUAGGUUUUGAGGAGGAGAAAGACUGGAUAAUUAGGAAGCUUAUCUGCGGACCAGCAGAGAUAGAUGUCAUUUCAAUCAUUGGAAUGGCAGGGCUGGGAAAAACUACUUUGGCUUAUAGAGUAUAUAAUGAUGAGUCUGUUGUUAGUCAUUUCGACAUUCUUGCAUGGUGCACCAUUGAUCAAGAACAUGAUGGGAGGAAGUUAUUACAUAAAAUUGUUAAUCAAGUUACUGGUUCGAAUGAGAAGUUCAAUGAGGAUAUUGAUGUUGCUGAUGAGCUGCGAAGAAAACUUUAUGGGAGGAGGUACCUUAUUGUUUUGGAUGACGUAUGGGAUAUUGCAACAUGGGAUGAGUUAACACGACCUUUUCCUAAAGUUAAAAAAGGAAGUAGAAUUAUUUUAACCAGUCGAAAAAAGGAAGUGGCUUUGCACGGAAAACACCAUUGUGAGCCUCUUUAUCUUCGUUUGCUCAGACUAGAUGAAAGUUGGGAGUUAUUAGAGAAGAGGAUUUUUGGAGAAGAAAGUUGCCCUGAUGAACUAUUGAGGGUUGGAAAAGAAAUAGCCCGGAAAUGUCAAGGGCUUCCUUUGGUGGCUGAUCUUAUCGCUAGAGUCAUUGCAGCGAAGGAAAAGAAAAAGACUUUGUGGCUUGAAGUUCUAAAUAAUUUGAAUUCCUUCAUUCUUGAAAAUGAAUUGGAGGUCAUGAAAAUUAUACAAUUAAGUUAUGACCAUUUACCUGACCACGUAAAGUCGUGCUUGCUUUACCUGGGAAGUUAUCCAAAGGACGAACAAAUUGAAGUCUCUAGUUUACAAGAUCUAUGGACUGCAGAAGGACUUGUAGAACAUACAGAGAUGAAGAGUGUGGAAGAAGAAAUGAAUGUUUAUUUGGAAGCUUUGAUUUCGAGUAGCUUGGUAAUGGUAAUGAAAAGUGAAUAUAGGACAACUUGCAAAAUUCAUGAUCUAGUGCAUGACUUUUGUCAGGUAAAAGCCACAAAGGAAAGGUUCUUUCACUCGAUAGGUUCAAGUGCUCUAUCUUGUGCUUCAGAUCUGAUGCCACGUCGAAUGACCGUUACUUUCCAUUAUAGUCUCCUUGAACAAAAUCAUGCAGAAAAGAAAAAGGUUUCCGGUAAAUACCUCCUUUCUUUGAAGGCUGAUCAUACAGAUUGGCCACCCUUUGGUUUAUUGGUGGAUAAAACAGCCGUACUAGUUCACUUAAGAGACUUGAGGCUUCUUAGAGUAUUAGACAUCGCUCAAGUUUUUAUGGAAGAUUCUUUGCUGAAUGAAAUAGGCUUGCUAGUUCAUUUGCGGUACUUACACAUUGGGAUGAAUGUUAAAGCUCUCCCGUCAUCAUUGUCAAACCUCUGGAAUCUGGAAACUCUGGUGGUGCGUAACAGUAGAUCAACCAUGGCACUACUACCUAUAAUUUGGAAUCUUGCAAAGUUGCGACAUAUGAGUAUCUAUUAUUGUUCUUUCUUUGAUUUGGAUACAGAUGAACCAAUAUUUUUAGUUGAGGACACAAACUCAAAGUUAGAAAAGCUGAGAAUAAUAGAGCAGCUCAAGAUUUCCUAUUCGAAAGACACAGAGGAUAUUUUUAAAAGGUUUCCUAAUCUUCAAAAGCUUGACUGUGAAAUUGUAGAAUCAUGGGAUUCUUCAGCAGAGUGCAAUUGGUUUCCACAAUUGGAUGUCCUUAAUCAACUUGAAGAAAUCAAUGCAAGGCAUCGUCGUUUAGAUUCCCAAUUUCCAAAAGCCACGAAGGAUUUUUGCUUCCCUUCAAGUUUGAAACGGUUGACAAUGGAAGAGUUUUAUCUGUCAUCUGGUUCACUGUCAAAAAUCGCGACACUGCCUAACCUUCAAAACCUGACUCUGAACCGCACAAUGAUUCAGGAAGAAGAAUGGAACGUCGUAGAAGAAGACACGUUCAAGAAUCUCAAAUAUUUGGAGUUGUAUAUGGUGCGUCUUUCCAAAUGGCAAGUUGGAGAGGAAUCAUUUCCCGUUCUUGAGCAAUUAAUCCUGGCGGAAUGUAAUAGGCUUGAAGAGAUCCCGUCCAGUUUUGGGGAUAUUGCUUCAUUAAGUUGUAUCAAACUGGUCAAGAGCCCUCAUCUUGAAGAUUCAGCUCUAGAGAUUAAGCAAUAUGUUGCAGAUAUGAUGGGAGAGGACAAGCUUCAGGUCCUUUCCCAGUGGUAUCGAUGAAUAAUCUGGUGCAAAUAAUAACCUGGGAAUACAAUUCAUUUUGGGCCAACACAUCAGUAUUAGAGGCUGAAAGCAGAUUCUGAAGACAUUUCUUUUCUGAAGACACAUUAGUAUGUGCUGACACAAGUUGCACCUCACCACCAAAAGAUUUGGUGUAGAGGAUGGGACUGCUCUUCCCAUAACCAGAGGUUUUGAGUUCGAGCCAUGGAUAUGGAAAAAUCUUUGGUAGGGAGCGCUUUCCCCUGAAUGGGGCCCUACGCAGCGCAAAUCCGGAUAUAAUCGUGCUCCAAUGCGGAUACCGGACACCGGGUGAGAAACCAAAAAAAAAAAGAAAAGUUGCACCUCAUAUAUCGAAGUGCAUUUUGGUCUGUCAUUGCAGCUAUCCCUCUAUUAUCUCCUAACGUUCAUCACAAAAUCAUCAAAGGAUUUAUGUUAUAUACAUGUGUAAAGAUUCUUUUAUACUACUUAAUACUUAUCAAUAUAGUUUUAAUC